AUGACAGUAAAAGAUGUUACGUUUUACCAAAACCAUUUAAAUGAGGAAAAAAAUACAGAGUACCAUAAAUUGAAGUUGUUAGAAGAAGAUACGGAAAAUAUAUAUAAUGAAUAUGAAAAUAGCAAAAGGUACGAUCAUAAAAAGGCAUAUAUAGAAAAGGUCAAAAGACUAAAGGAAAAAAAAUACUUUGGAAAUAAGACAAUAGGAAAGAAAUCCAGCUAUAUAUAUCUAAUUAACCAAAUAUUCGGUUCAGGAAUUGUAUCUAUACCUUAUAUAUUUAAAAGUUCAGGAUGGUUACCAUGUCUAAUUGCAAAUGUCGGCAUUUGUCUUUUAACAAUUUUUAAUACUAUAUUAUUUUUAAGAGCUAUGACAAUGAUACCGAAUAAUAUUCAUUUUAAUAAAAGGUAUGAAUAUAUAUCAACCGUUUGUUAUUUUUUAGGAAAGAACAACAUAUUUUUUUGGUGUAUGCAAGUAUGUUACUAUGCUAGUAUAUUAGGGAGUAAUAUAAUUUCAAUAAUUAUUGUAUCACAUGCAGUUGAUAAUAUAAUAAUAAAUAUAUUUGGUUAUACUGUUGGUAUUGUUAUGUACCCAAAUUUUCAGUUAAACUUCUUUACUGACGUAAAUGAACUAUAUUAUAACAAAAAUUACAUACUGUGUUUAACAGUAGGUUAUUUAAUAAAUGCUUCGAUAUCUAUAUAUUUUUCUCAAUCAAAUUUAGAAGAUAACAUGAAAAUACAAUUGAUAUCAUUCUUAUUUCUAAUGAGUACAAUAUUCCAAAUGAUGUUUUUAAGUGGACUCAAAUUAUAUAGAUAUAGUAAUACAAAUAUAGGAAUCUCAAAUAAUGGGAUAAAAAAAUAUGCAGGUAUAAAAUAUCCAACUGCAUUUGGUGAUUUUAAUUUUAAACAAUUAUUAUCAUCUUAUAUAUCUGCUUAUUCAGCAGUCACAGUCAUCCCUUGUUGGGCAAAUGAAAUGAAGUCAGAUGUAAAAAUUAUAAAAACCGUUUGGUUAUCUAACUUUUUUUGUUGUUUUAUUUAUUAUAUCUUUGGAUAUAUUUUAUGCACUGCUUAUCCGAAUAUUAAUAGUGACAAUAUACUAUAUGAUAUAUUACAAAACCCUUUUAUAAAUAAUUAUAUGAAAGUCACUAUUUAUCUUUUUGAUUUAUUAACCAUUGCUCCAGGUAUAUAUGUGUACUGUAUUGCUACUAGAUACAAUUUAAUAAAUAGUAAUAUGUGUUCAGAAAAAAUAGCAUUUAUUUUUGGUACCAUUCUUCCUUUUCUUAUCUCAUUCUUUUUUACAUCACGCAUCAUAUUUGAAAAUAUUUUUACAUGGUCUAGUCUAAUAUUUUCCUAUACAUGCAAUUUCAUUGCACCAUCUGUUAUAUAUUUAAUAGCCUGCAAAAAUAUUCCCUAUUCAGAAAAAAAUCCGUUGCAGCAUACUCAUGUUUUAUAUGAUCCAAAAGAAUAUAAAAAAAAGAAAUCACUGUAUAAUAUUUUUUAUUCAAAAAUUGCCAUUAAAGAAAAGGACACUGAACAUUAUAACCCUCUUGAUUUAAAUAUAAAAAACAAAGAUGGUGAAAAGGAGCAGAUUAAGGAGGAACAAGAGAUAGGAGAACAAAAUGGCAUUAUAAAAAAAUUUCAGGUUCAGAGGAAUUAUUCUCCUACUGAAGAACAGGAAAAUAUAGAACUAAAAUUAGAUAGAGCAAAGUUACCACAUAAAUCGCACCAUGCUACUUUUUUAAAAAAUAAUAGCAUUCACACAUCAAAUACACGCAAAAUUAGAAAAUCAGAUGAACAUAAUAUAAUUAACAGUAUUAACUGUUCUAACGAUAUUAAUGUGAGUACUGAAAAAAUGAGUUCUUUUAUUACUGCAGUGGAUAAUAAAGUAAAUGGCACAAUGACUAUACAAGAUAAUGAUAUCAUUGAAAAUGGUAAUGUGAAUUCUCGUGUACGCAUUAGUGAAGAUGAAAAAGAAAAAAAUUUAUCGAACUAUUUAGAAGAGGAAAAAAGCAAAAAUAUAAUACCAUUAGGUAACGUUUCGAAUAAACAUAUUGAUGAAAAUAGGAAGGAAUCUAACUGGGAUAAUACAUGUGAAAACUAUGUAGUACCUAUAAGCAAAGGAUUAAUAACAGAAUUUGGUAAGGACGAAUAUCAAAUAAAUAAAAAUUCGAAAAAAAAAAAAAAAAAAUGUGUCUCGUUGAAAGUGGAAAAUAAUUAUAUAUUAACACAUAAGGAGAGCAGUGAUUGGGAAGCAAAAAAAAAAAAAAAACCUACAGAAAUAGAAGAAAAAGGAAUCAUAGAAAAAGUGGAGAAUCAUGAACCAAAUAUUAACAAAAAAAAACUGGGGGAAAAUGAGACAAACGGAUCCUUGCCUAUCCACGAUUUAUUCGAAGAAGAAGAGAAUAAUAACUAUAACAGUAAAGAUGAUAUAGAAAAAGGUAGAAAAAUGUCAGGAAAAUGUUAUAACGGAAAGAAAAGCAAAACAGAUAAAUUAGAAUUUCGAAAAUUUAAUUCUCUGUUCAAUAUGAAGUCAAAAAACAUAAGUGAGAAGGAUUCAAAAGAGAAACAUAAACUAUCAAAUAAUAUUAGAAGGUCAAGAAAGCACAAAACAGUUAUGGGUUUUGAAAAGAACAAAAAAGACAAAAAAGUUUCCAUUCAAGAUGGGCAAACAUUUUCUCAAAGUUCCGAUUCUAGUGAUAAUGAUAUCUUAUAUGAUAAAAUAAUAGCUGACUUAUCAAGAAAUAUAUAUAAUGAUAUAAAAAUAGUAAAGGAAAGUUAUGAAAGAGAUGAAUAUUUAAUUAAUUACUCUGAUAUUUUCGACUCCUUUCUAAAUCUAAAAUUGAUAUUAGAAAGUAACUAUAAUGGAAAAAAUACUAUUUACAAUUUUUACAAUUCGUGUAUUACAAAUAAAACUCAUUUUAAUAAAACAAUAAAGGAGAGUAAUAAUGUAAUGCAUAAUAGUUUCAAUACGUCUACUUUUCCGAAUAAUUAUUACCUAAAUAAUGUUACUACGGAAAUACCACAUUCAGUUGGUAUAACAAUUAAGGAAAAGAAAAUGGCUAGUCAGGAGAAUAGCGAAGAGCAUGAUACGGUUUUACAGACUAAAGAUCUUCAGGAAUUCACGGAACCAAAACGCAACAAAAUGAACGAACAAAAAUAUGAAGAAAUGGGAAGAACAUACGGAGUGAACACAAUAAUGGAUAACUGUCCACUAAGUAGUAGAGAGGAAAAGAAAAAGGAGUUGGAUGGAGUAGAAGAAGAUGAAGAAAAAGAGGAGGGCGCAGUAAUUAAUCUUUCCGAUGAUAUAUAUGAAAGGAAUAUAAGUGAACUCGAAAAAAAAUUUCACAUGUUCAUUAAUGGAAUAAAUAAUAAACAGAAUUUUACAUGGAAUUUUGACGGAAAUAAAAACAAGAAUAAAUUAGGAAAAGUAAUAAAUAACAAAAAUAUAAAUGUAUCAAAUGUACAAAACAUUUUUCAACCAAAUGAUAUUACGAAUUCUUAUUAUGAAAGAUCAAAAAGUGAAAAUUAUUUUCGUGCAUUAAGUUUAUGUAAAAAAGGGCUUCACUACGAUGUACAGUCAGAUAAAUUCAAUACUAUGCAUAUUCUGAAAAGUUCAAAAUCUUGUGGUAAUUCUUUGCUAAAUUAUAGAUCGACGGAUACUAAUAUCAUUAAUGAUUUUAUUCAAACAAAAAGUGUUGACUACAGCAGAAAAUUCAAGCAUGUACCAUUAGAAAGCAGCGAAAACAUAUUUAAUUAUUUCAUUCCAAAUGAUGAUGCAGGGCUAGGAAAAAAGCCAAAAAAGGGCAUAAAAAAUAUAAUCACAGAUACCCAGGCACCUUUAGAAAUGGUAGCGAGCAACGAGAAUGAGAAUGAGAACGAGAAUGAGCACAUAUAUACAGAGAAUGCUCUAAUAACCAACACUAACUCCUCCGAAUUUGACAUAACAAAAUAUUUUUUUAAAAAUGGUCAUGAUAUGUUUCCACUUAUAGAUGAAAAUAAAUUAGCUGUAAAUAAAGAAAAAAUUAAAAAUUUCAAAACAGAAGAUUCCGUGUGUGUCAAUAAAAACAAUAUACAGUCAGAGGACAAAAAUUUUAUGCACAUAAAUUCAUACAACAAAAAAAUAAAAAUGUACAAGGAUGUAAACACACUGGCAGUACCAGAUAAUGUGUAUAAUGUGAUCCCCAAAAUAAAUAAAGUAAGUGGCGGAAAUAAUGUAGAUGACACUAUAAACAACAUUUUCAAUUAUUAUAAAUACAAUUUCCUCUUAUCAUUUAGUGAAAAACAUAAUAAUAAUAAAAAAAAGAGAGAUUUUAACAAACAUAUAAAUAUUAGAAAUGAGUAUUUUCUUCAAAAUAGUAUAAAUAGAGAAAGUAACAACGUAAAUGGAUCAUAUGCUGUAAAUAGCGAAAACGAAAUAAAUGGAACGCAUUGUGAAAACAAUGAAGUUAAUUAUUAUAAUGUAGAAGACAAUUCAGAUACGCACAUAAGAACAAAAACAUAUUCCAAUAUUAAUUCUAAAUUUCAUUAUUUAAGGAAAUUUCAAAAUGAUGAGAAAAAGGAACCAUUACUUAAUACUCAUCAAAAAGUAAAGCAGUAUGACGAAUUGCCAACAAUUAAUUUAAUAUGUUCGGAGAAACCUUUAUACGGAUAUGAAGAUGCAUAUAAAAUAGAUGACUAUGUAAAUGGCAAAAUUAAUGAAAAUAUUAUUCACGUAUACCCAUGUAGAUACUUAAGAAUCAAGCACGUAACAAUAACAAAAAUGUUAUUGUUUAUUGCAGUACAGCUACUUCUAAUUUCCGUCUUCUACGAUUUUAUUUAUUAG